AGGAAGUGGAUGUUUUAGCGGGAGGAAGGGGGGAAGAUGCUGCUUGCAUCCAAUGCACCAGUGUGAUUACUAAUGAAGCUUCAGAGCACACCACGCCUGCCUUUCCAGCUUCUGCAUGUGAUUUUCCCUGCACUGCCUGCCUGGCUCUUACAGGGUACAGGCCAGGGCAGACACCGACCUGUCUUAUUUUGCCCCUGGCCAGGUGUUGGUGGGGAGCAGCCAGCCACAACAAGCCCAAGGGCCGAUGAGGGCUCAGAAGCCGUGCCCCCCAAGCCCAGGAGCGUGUUCCACAUCGAGUGGUCAUCCAUUCGGAGAAGGAGCAAAGUGUUUGGAAAAGGCGAACACCAGGAGAGGCAAACCAAAGACCCUUUUCCCUAUCAGUACCGGAAGCCCACGGUUGAAUUGCUGGAUCUAGACACCAUGGAGGAGAACACUGAGAUAAAGGUGGAAGCGAACGUUUCCAAGACUUCCUGGAUUCAGAGUCACAUGGCCGCCAGUGGGAAGAGGGUCAGCAGAGCCCUCAGCUACAUCACAGGGGAGAUGAAGGAGUGUGGUGAGGGUCUUAAAGACAAAUCCCCAGUGUUCCAGUUCCUUGACUGGGUCCUCCGGGGCACAUCACAGGUGAUGUUUGUGAACAACCCCCUCAGUGGCAUCCUCAUCGUCCUUGGCCUCUUCGUCCAGAACCCCUGGUGGGCCAUCUCCGGCUGCUUGGGAACUGUUGUGUCCACUUUGACAGCCCUCAUCCUGAGCCAGGACAGGUCCGCCAUCGCAGCAGGACUUCACGGCUACAAUGGGGUGCUGGUGGGGCUGCUGAUGGCUGUGUUCUCAGACAAGGGCAGCUACUACUGGUGGCUUCUGUUCCCUGUCGUCAUUAUGUCCAUGUCUUGCCCCAUCCUCUCCAGUGCCCUGGGCACCAUCUUCAGCAAGUGGGACCUCCCCGUCUUCACGCUGCCCUUCAACAUCGCUGUGACCCUGUACCUGGCAGCCACCGGCCACUACAACCUCUUCUUCCCCACGAUGCUGCUGCAGCCUCCAUCCUCCGUGCCCAACAUCACCUGGUCAGAGGUCCAAGUGCCCUUGCUCUUGAGAGCCAUCCCUGUUGGAGUCGGCCAGGUGUAUGGCUGUGACAACCCCUGGACUGGAGGCAUUUUCCUCAUAGCUCUGUUCAUAUCUUCACCUCUCAUUUGCCUACACGCUGCGAUCGGCUCCACCAUGGGGAUGUUGGCAGCCCUCACUAUUGCAACGCCCUUGGACUCCAUCUACUUCGGCCUGUGUGGCUUCAACAGCACGCUGGCCUGCAUUGCCAUAGGAGGCAUGUUCUACGUCAUCACCUGGCAGACCCACUUCCUGGCCAUCGCCUGUGCUCUGUUUGCGGCCUACCUGGGUGCUGCGCUGGCUAACGUGCUGUCCGUGUUUGGACUGCCACCAUGCACCUGGCCCUUUUGCCUCUCAGCACUCACCUUCCUGCUCCUGACGACCAACAACCCUGCCAUCUACAAGCUUCCACUCAGCAAAGUUACCUACCCAGAGGCCAAUCGCAUCUACUACCUAUCCCAGGAGAAAAACAGAAGAGCAUCAACCAUAACAAAGUACCAGGCCUAUGAUGUCUCCUAGGCUGCCUUUUCCAAAACAUGUCACUGUGUACUCAGCCUUCAUCAGGUCAUCCAGGUCCCCAGGCUGAAGGCCACGUAAACUCCCUUUCUGUCUGUUCUGUGAUUCUUUCCCCAAGCAAGCCUACACCCUAGUUUUUCCCCACAUAGGGAAAUACGUGUCUAGUCACCAUUUAGGAACCUCUCUGUUCUAAGAUGUACAACAUUUAUCAAAGAUACCGUUAGUUUAGACUUCGUACUCACAACUCAUACCAUAAGAGCUCCCUUUGAAGGGAAUUUGCCCUCUUCUGCAAAAUAAGCCACAUCCCUAAAGAGAACUCAUCAAGAAGGGGACGGGGAUUGGUGGCAUGAGCCUCCAACUCAGUCAUUUUAUGGAGCCAUGCACAGUUCCAGGAAACAUGCAGCAGCCUGGAAGGCGAUAGGAUGGUUUGGCCCUAGCUCUGCCCCUAGGGAGCCCCUGCCAUCUGGAGUGAACGCAUCCCUGCUCUCAGCCUUGAAUUCUUACUGGUUUCAUGACAGGGAGGGAUUCAGUCCCUCCCACCUCGGAAGUGUUGAUUCUUCUCUCUCUCCCGUAAACUGAUGAAAUCAGUGUGACCAUCAAGUAAUUACUUUGAGUCAAGUAAUAGAUGGAGCGCUUACCUGGAGAAGAGGCAGGAAAUUUUUAAUGUUCUGAGAUUUGUUCUUGAGUCACGAGAAGAUGUUCUCCAGAUUUGGGGUUAGGAACUUAAAUUCACUGGAAAUGCCAAUGUGCCUUCCUUUACAUAACAGAAAUAUUUCUGGAAAUGUCAUAAGAUGAAAACUGAUCUUUUUCAACAUUUAAAUCAUGUUUUAAACAAAUGUUUUUUCUUUAGUAGUAUUCAUAAACA